AUGUUAUCCUAUCAAGUCAUUUUCCCUAAAAGAAAAUCCGUAUAUGACCGUUCUUCGUCGAGUGUAAGAUUUGCUGCCGAGGAGAUGAGUGAUGUAUUUGAAGGUUACGAACGCCAAUACUGCGAGCUUUCGGCUGGAUUGUCGAAGAAGUGUACAUCGGCUAGUCUUCUCGAUGGAGAGCAAAAGAAGCAGAAAAUUUCUGAAAUAACAGCUGGACUCGAACAAGCUGAAGCUCUGAUACGCAAAAUGGAUCUAGAGGCAAGAAGCUUGCAGCCAAAUGUGAAAGCUGUGCUCCUUGCUAAACUAAGGGAAUACAAAUCUGAUCUGAAUAAUUUGAAGAGUGAAGUUAAACGACUUGCAUCAAACAACUUAAAUCAAGCUGCAAGAGAUGAGUUGUUGGAAUCAGGAAUGGCAGAUGCAUCAUCGGUUUCAGCAGAUCAAAAAGCAAGACUUCUUAUGUCAACAGAGAGAUUGAAUAAAACAAGUGGUAGAGUAAGAGACAGUAGAAGGACAAUGCUGGAAACUGAAGAGCUUGGGGUUUCAAUUCUUCAAGAUUUAAAUCAACAACGACAGUCUCUCUUGCAUGCCCAUGGAACGCUUCAUGGAGUUGAUGACAACAUAGGCAAAAGCAAAAAAAUCAUGACCAACAUGUCGCGAAGGAUGAGCAGGAAUAAGUACAUAAUCGGGUCCAUAGUUGCGGUUCUUGUUAUUGCCAUCGUCUUGAUCCUCUACUUCAAAUUGAGGAAGUAGAUUCUCAAUUUCAAGUAAAGCUAUUUUAUUUUAUUUGAUACUCAAGAGUGUUUCCCAACUCAUUUGUUGGCUUUUGUUAUUCUUGCAUGUGUGCUCUUCCUUGUGGAUUUGUGAUAUUUAAUUUCUAUUCAAAACAUGAAAAUCCAAAAAAAAAAAAAAAAAAAA